AACUGUCUUUGCAUGUACAUGUCUAUUGAAAACCCUUCUCUAGUGAUAAUGAGCGAUACAAAUCUAGCAUUUUAUGAUACCAUAAAUCUACACAUUUAAUUUAUGUUCCGCAAGUAUUUUAUAUCCGUAUAUAAUGACCAAACGCGAUUGCUUGUUUUCAUGAUGAUGUUUCGAACACUGCUGCAAUAACGCACGAUCUUUACAAAUUAUCGCAGAGUUUACAUUUGCAGGUACUCGUUAAAUACGUUAAUUGUGUAGCAAUAAAUUUGUAAAAUAUUUUAAAUGUAUAGUUAUUAAACACUUUAUUGUUAUGUUUAAACUGGCUAAUAUAUAUAGUUAAUAGUUCCUAGCUGUUAAUCCAUUUCGGACAAAUGUCUAUUUUUUAAAUAUGUUCAAAUAUUUUAUUAAAGCAACUGUUAAGUUUUUGACUUAAUAUGCUAAGAGAUGACAUGGAGGUAUCAUAAAUUGUGUUUAAUGACCAGACACAUGUGGUUUAUGCAGAGACCCCAUACAGAGUCAUACAAGUAUAGGUCCCUGGGUUUAUUACACUGUUUUCUUAGUAAUUGUCUGGACAGUAUCCGAUCAUAUCGAGAUAAUCGGUUUGUGAUAAACAAAGGGGCAAUUAAACACUGGGUUAAAAAUGCUGAAACAUGUGUCAAAACUGGUGUGAACAAUUAAAUAAAAGCAUUUACAUUUAUCAAGAGGAUUUAUUUAAUCUGUAACAAGAUCCAGCACCAAGUCUAUAAAAUUGCCAGAUACAGACUUGUCUGCCAUGGGAACGAAAUGUCGGGAAUGCUUGACCUUUAACGUUGGAGGCGUGAGAUUUCAGACGUUAAGACAAACGAUCAAUGCAGCCGGGUCCCGCACACGCUUGUGUAACGCAGAAUUCCUGCAAGCAUUCUAUGACGAAGAACGGGGGGAGUACUUCUUUGACCGGGACCCAAACAUGUUUCUAGCCAUCUUAAACUACCUGCGGACGGGCGAGUUGCACCUACCGUCGUUCGUCUGCGGCCCAGCGGCCAAUAUAGAGCUGGAGUUUUGGGGAGUGCAGCAGUACAAGAUAGAACAGUGCUGCUGGAUAAACUACAACGAAUGGAACUCCGCGCAGGACGCCCUUAAGCGACUCGAGCACGACCGGAAGGUUAACCUGCUACCGUGUGACACCCGAGCCACUAGUGGCCUCACAUUCUUGCAACGGUGGCGACCCAGGGUCUGGAGGUUCAUGAACAGAACUAACUCCUCAACGGGUGCCAAGGUCUUUGGUUACAUGUCUUUGCUCUUCGUGGUGUUGUCAAUAUUCUCAUUUAUGGCGGAAACCACGCAACCAUUCGAAUACUACACGCAUCAUCAAGUGCAAAAAAACACCAACCAAUCAAACAACAGCGAUGAAGUCAGCGUGAUUACGUCACCCAGCACGUCAUCGACUACGCAAGGUGACGAAACGGAUACACAGCUUACCAGAUCCAAACACCCAGCUUUGAAAAUCAUCGACAUAAUUUGUCUUUCUUUUUUUAUUAUCGAGUACGUUGCAAGGCUGACGUUUUCACCAAAGAAACUUAAGCACGCCACCUCCUUGCAAGCGGUGAUUGACUUACUCGCAAUCUUGCCUGACCUUAUAGAAACAAUAAUAUACAACGCAAAGCCUGGACUCAAAGAAAGUGUGGAAGCAGUAGGCUACAUCACAAUAAUUCGUGUUGUUCGAGUGCUCCGUAUUUUCAGACUGGUUCGCCACUCGGCUGGACUCUGGAUUCUCAUUUACACCCUCAAGGCCAGUUUAAGCGAGCUGAUGUUACUAUUCUGGUUUAUGACUUUGGGAAUUCUCGUCUUCUCGAGCCUUGUCUAUUUAGUGGACGAUCAGACGACAUUCGUCAGCAUACCCGCGGGCUUCUGGUGGGCUCUCAUCACCAUGACAACAGUCGGCUAUGGUGACAUGUACCCGGUGACGGUCCUCGGUAAGAUUGUGGGCUCGUUUUGCGCGAUGGCUGGGGUAUUGAUGAUCGGUUUUACCGUACCCAGUCUCGUGAACAAUUUCAUGCUCUACUACAGACACAUCCAGUUCGCAAUGCACAUGGAUAAGUUUGAAAAAGAAUACAAGGCUGCACAGGAAGAUAAAAGGAAGUUCGUCGAAUCCAACGGACAACGUAAUAGUGAAAAUAUUGACCGUGUGAACUGCAUGAGGAACGUUUUCUUGAAAGAGAAUGCACAGGGAAUGGAUAUAGAAAAAAUUAAAGAGAAUGGGAUGAACCAUGUGAAAACCACGACGAAAUCCAAGGAAGAUGAUGCCUUACUACAGACAUGAGUAAAUACUGAACGUAAUGUGUUAUAAAAAAUUAACAGAGUAAGUGCACCCGAUAUAGCGGUAUUUCAACAUGCUAUUAAAUGGUUGUUUGUUUGACACGGAAAGAGUGCGUCAAAUGGGAGGGAUAUUAUGAAUAAAUGCACGAACGGAAAACAAAAGAGCGGUCGAUACUCUAAAGAAGAUGACUAACUUAUUUCUUUACUGGCACCACUGAGUGUCAAUAUUUACGGCCGGUUAGGUUGUAAGUCUGUUUGAUUUCGACAUCAUGAAUAUUUAAAUUAUUAGAAGUUUGCUUAUACAGCCUUUGCGAAGUGAGUGCACAAAGAAUGUUAUUUUUACAAUAAACACAUUGUUUUGAUUAUUACCAUUCAAUUUGAACGAAUAACUUGAUCAAAAGUUACUAUUCGUUAACUUUUGCGUUCGAUGUUUCAUCAAACUAAACCCUGUGCUAUUUAACAGUAAAUGUGUGAUAUGGACAAAAGAUGUCAUACAUAAGAAAUAGUAAUGGUCCUAUAGAAUGUUUUAUCGACAUUUAGUUUAUAGAUCGCGAUAUUGAAACCAAAAGAGCAAUACUCCGGAUAUAGACCACACAACACUUGAACAUUUGUUGCAUUAUGUAAUUUUUUUUUUAAAUAAGUAUAUGUACUGGAUAGUAUUUGAUGUUAGUUUCGUUUUGUAUAUGUCUUCGUUUUGAUACAUUGACACAAUUA